AUGGCAGAUUGUCACUUCUUUCCACAUCGCGAUAUGAAUUGCACGGCAAACGCGGAACUAUCUAAAAUGACUUUACUAGAACAAGACAUAUGCCCAUCUCUACAGCUGGUAGAGCCUUUGCCACUCGAAAUACCGGAUGAUGAGAAAGAAUAUUCGAUGGUCAACAGUGCCCAAAUGUCAGGCGCGACUCUAAAAACUGGUCAUAGCCCUGCUUACUACUUUAUGCGAUUACAAAGAUACUCAUCCUAUGUAUUUGGCGUAUUUGCAGGAGUACACUUGGCAAAUACUUCUUUGAUUCCGCUGGUUACUCAAUCAGUCGAAGCUUCGGAAAGCUACUUGCUGCUCACGCGGCCCUACUAUCACAACUUUCCUCUUGAAGAAACAUUGAUCACUGUGCCUAUCGUACUGCAUAUAACGGCAGGAGUCGCCUUGCGCCUUCACAGGCGAAGAAUCAGACAAAGGCAGUAUGGAACGACAGAGGACCGGCAAGCCAGUAGCUGGCCUCCCAUCUCAUGGUGCAGUGUCAGUGGGUAUAUGCUCACGCCACUGGUGGUGGGACACGCGUUUCUCAAUCGCAUUCUGCCUUGGAUUCACGAGGGAGGAAGUUCGGGGGUGGGGCUGGGUUAUGUGUCGCACGGCUUCGCGAGGCAUCCCAUUCUCGCCACCACAAGCUAUCUGACCCUAAUGGGGCUUGCGGCGGGCCACUUCAGCUGGGGCUUGGCGAAGUGGAGGGGCUGGCUACCAGCUGAUGAUAGCAGAGGUGCUAGGCGACGGUGGUGGGCCAUACAGGGAGUUACGGCGGUGGUGGCCGUGAGCUGGAUGGCGGGCGGUUUGGGCGUAGUUGCGCGCGGCGGACGGGCUGAUGGAUGGGUGGGAAGGGGCUACGAUGUUCUCUACGGCCGGGUAGGGCUCUAG